AUGACUGAAUCAAUGACCUCCUCGAUCAUCUCCACUUCCAUAUCUUUUCCAGAUACUAUAUACUCAUCUGGAACUGUCAUCGGUGCUGAUGGAGCAGAAGGAGCCGUCAGAGACGGUGACGAUUCGUGGUGUUGGACGCCAAAUGUCUGUCAGUCUGUCUGUCAAUCCAGAAGCCGUACCGGUCUCUUCGUCGGCGGUUUAUCUUGUGUAAUCGCUCCCAUAACUCUCUGCGAGAACAUUCCACCUGGCGACGAUGCAGCAGGUGGUCGAGCAAUCGCGCCCGUCGAAAUCGAUCGUGAAGUGCCUGCUCCAGUUGGUAUGAUUCCAGAAGACGAAGAAGAAGCAGAUGACGUGGCGAUAGAAGUGGGGAGGACAGUGGAGGUCGCCGGGAUUCUAGUGAAUGGUUCCAUUGGGAUACGAUACUGA